GGCGAGGUAAAAGGCUGACCAAGAUUGAUACGUUGAAGAUUUUAAUACGUGAUAAGACGGAUAAUAACAGACAACAAAAGACUGGGAAGCUUAAGUAUUUUGUCGUGCGUCGUGGGUACAGCUGAAGCGUGCAAAAACCUAUAAAAUCAGCUUUGAUCCAUGCUGGACGUCGUGAUGACGUGUUUGGGCCCGUGAAAUUUGCCCACUCCUACAGUGACAGCAACAAAAUCGAUGCUCCACAACUCCUUCCUGCUCACCUCGAAGAAAACCGACAGAAACAGGUUUGUAAGGACCUAAUAGUUUGGUCAGUUGUUAAGAUGGAGUGCAAGGGAAGAGAAUACAAUAUCUCGAAUGAUGAUGUUUUUGCUAUGCCACACCCAACCAGUGAGACUAUCAUGACGACAGUGGUGCUGCCGCUCAUAGCCGUUCUCGGGGUCCUAUCCAACAGCGCCUUCAUCUUUGUCGUAUCUCGUCUGCCGCACAUGAGGACGCCUACAAACUACUAUUUAGUUAGUUUAGCGGUGGCCGACACCAUGGACAUAUGUGGAGGCGUCAUGGAUAAACUCGUCUUGUUCCUGUCCUCUCCUUUGAUCAAUGAUCAGUACGGAUACGGGGGCACUGCGGGGUGCAUGGUAGCCACCUUUAUCACCAAUACCUCUUACUUCACAACACUCUUCCUCAUCUGCUUGGUGUCACUGGAGAAGUUCUAUGCCGUGUGUCACCCUUUGCGGGUGGUCCGGGGCCGGAGUGGCCGUAGAGCAGUCCGGGCCAUCGCUUGCGCCUGCUUGGUGGCUGUACUGCUCUCUCUGACUUUCCUACCAACCUGUGGAGUGAAGAUCGAGUACUGCUUGCGAUGGCCUAACGGGAACGAAGGCGGCGACUUUCCGCUUUUUCUCAUCGCGUACGUGGCGCCUUACGACUGGCUCGAGUCGUACAUGCUCCUGUGCAGGACCUCGCCUUUCUUUGUGACUCUGGUGGCGAAUUUCGUCUUCUACAUCCAGAUCAUUCACGCCUUGGGACGACAGGUGGCCGCAAUGGAGUCUCACGGCCAAGCGCAUGUGAGAGCUGGACCGUACGCGCGGAAUAUGGCGGCUCGCAUGCUGGUCGUCACAGGCGUCGCGUACUUCGUCCUGCUAGCACCCUUUGAGGUGACUCAGCUUUGCUUCUUGAUCGGUUACUUCCGUGGAGACGUGUAUGUCUUGGAUGAACACCAAGCUUUUGUCCUGGUCCAGGUCGUCCGCAUAUUCUCUUACAUCAACUCGGCGAUCAAUCCUUUCAUCUACGGAGUCAUCAACAGGAAGUAUAAAGAAGCUUACAAAUUAGCGUUCCGGUGCAAACGACAGUAACAAAUUUUGAAGCCAGUAUCUAGCAGGAUGGAGAGAAAACAUAUAGAAACUCAAAGUUGUAUUACCACAGACCGUGUAGUUGGAUUAGUAGUCGGAACGAUUACGAUUGUAAUAAAGAACAAGAGUACGUUGUGUUAAUUAGACAGGAGUUGAUAAAAGUACAAAAAUAGUGAAUUUUUCAACUAUUCUAUACUUCAUGACUGUAUAGUUGACAUUAUUUUGUCCAAACUGUGAAAGUAUGGUAAAAAAAUUCAAAGCAAGCUACUGUUACUUCAAAGAGAGUUGGUCUGAUUGAGAUUAAAAUUUGCUUCGGAAAGACGCUAAGAAUUUUGGCCACUUUAAUCAGAUUUCAUCUGAACAAGUGGCCCAUUCGGGGUAUUAUUACGAGGAUACGUCCUGAUGAAUACAGGUACAUGUACAUUAAUUAUUUACGUAUAAAAAAAUGUGCGAUCAUGAUGAGCACAUUCAUCCUGAAAUUGUUUUGACCUUGUAGCUUUCACGCCUUCCACUCUGGUUCAAAACUCUUCAGCUCGCUUUUCAUAUUAAAUUAAUUUAAUCGAUGUUUAAAGUUUUUAUGUCUAAAGUGAUAUUGGAGCAUCUAUGUAGGAAAGACGCAGGACGUGCAGUGCGUGAGCAGUGUAAAAAUUAAUAGUGUACAUGUACAUUGCUCUUGCGUGUGGUAAAAGAAACAAACCUCGUGUGUUCACGAUCACUGACGAUCAUUCGUCCAACUUUAAUCUGUCGUUUGUCACGAUCACCCAAAAAACGCUAUAAAUUGCAGCCAUUUUCCGACCGGUUAGUGCGAUUCCAUGCACAACACACUUGUUCGAGAACAAAGUGUAUGGCCAUCCAUUGAACGGAGCAGCCCAGCAAGUAAAAAGGGC